AUGGCAGUUAGUGGAAAUGAAAUUAAAAUUAAAACGCUUUAUGCCAAGAGGGACAUACUUUUUUCACGUAUACAAAGUAUUAGUGAUCACAUAAAGAACAUUAAUGUAGAAGCAGUGUGGGAAACUUUUUUGAAUGAAAUUGAAACGGUGGAUUCUUUGCGGACCGAUUACGAAAGAAUAUUAGACCAAAUUAAUCAUUUGGAAUUACAAAUCGACCCGAAAUACAUAGUGAACUACCAACCGCUUCUAGCAUUUGAAGAUAUGUUGUGUCGCGUGAAAAGAACGGCGAAACACUUACAAUCUCCAUCUCAAAACGAAGCAAAGCCGGAAAUACAGGUACGUCCACGUGACUCAAUUAGGUUGCCGCCAAUAGAUAUUCCAGUAUUCAAUGGUGAUAUUAAGACAUGGCCCUUCUUCUUCAGUAGUUUUCAAAACAAUAUACACAAUAACCCAUCGUUAUCGGACGCUGAAAAAUUAUAUUAUUUAAUUAGUAAACUUAGUGGCAGGGCACAGUCAAUUUGCUCGGGUUUUACACCUACAGCAAACAAUUACUUGUUAAUAUUCGAAACGCUUAAAACUAAAUACGAAGAUAGGAGAAUGUUAGCUUCCCAAUAUUUGAACCAGAUAUUCGAUCUUAAACCUAUAUCAUCCGCGAACAUCAACGGCUUAGAGCAGUUUUUAGAUAAAUUUGUGGCAUCGGUGGCUGCACUUAAGAAUUUGAAAUUUAAUGACCUUAUGGACGUGGUGUUUCUCCAUAUUGCACUAAAGAAAUUAGACCCCGACACCGUGCGUGCGUUUGAAAUGGAGCAUCGUAGCUCGGAGAUGCCUUCCUUUCAUUCAUUAGCAUCGUUCGUGCGAGAUCAAAUGAAGUGA